AUGGGUAAAAAGAUAAAAAAGGUUAAAAAGCAAAGAGAUUUGAUGACAGAAGAAGAUAGAAUCAAACCAGAUAUUGAAGGAUGGUUGACAAAAGAAGGAGGACGUAUCAAAACAUGGAAGAGACGAUUUUUUAUAUUAAAGAAUAAUAGAAUGACCUAUCUAAGAGACAAGGGCGAUUUAUAUUGUAAAGGAAAAUUUGAUUUGGAGCCAUCGUCGAGUGUGAUGGUUGUAUCGCCAAGAGAGUUUUGUGUCAUCACUUCAAAGAGAUCAUACCCCAUUCUGGCAGACUCACCAAACGACGCACAAAAUUGGUGUGAAGCUAUAAACAGAGUAUUGGAAAGAAUUAGAGGAAACAAAAUAAUAUAUGUACCAACUGGUACAAGUCCAUCCAAUACACCAAUCAUAUCAACUAGUCCUGGACAAUUACAACAACCACCUCAACCUCAACCUCAACCACAAUUUUCAUAUACUCCAUUUGUUAAUGGACAACCUUUAAAUCAAAAUAAUCAAUAUAAUACAAUAUCAAAUAAUAAUAAUAAUAAUACUAACUUUAAUCAAAAUAAUCAAAAUCAAUAUAAUAAUAAUCAACAGAAUAAUAAUAAUCAGAAUAAUGGAACAACACAACAAACACCAAAGAAACAACAAGUACAAGUAGGAUGGAAUUUUAAUUUACCUUCGGGAGUAUCAUUUUUGAAUGAUCAAAAUGCACAAAUACAAAUUAGAAUUAUAAAUGCUCGUAAUUUGUUGGGAUCAAGAGCUGGAGAUCAUUUGGAUGAACGUGAUCCGUAUGUAAAGAUUCGUACCACUGGAAAUACAAAAUCUAAUCAAUUCUUGGCCGAAACAUCAGUGGUCGAGAGUAGUUUAAAUCCAAGAUGGGACGAGACGUUUAUUGUCCCCAUCGACAAUGUGCUGACCGAUAUGGUCAUCAUUGAAGUACACGAUCACCUAUCCAAGGACUUUUUGGGUUUCGUCGGUAUCGAUUUUUACGCUCAGCCAUCGUAUGUCAUGCAAUACAUUAGUUGGCGUCAGUCUCUGCCAGGCACCUCUAAAAACGGGGCAUCCAAACUCAAAGAAAUUGGUGUGUUGGACAAAAAGAACAGACUACCAUUGUCGUCCAAGUCGGACGGUCCAUACUCUAAAAAGAGUGUUAUCAAAGACUACGAGAUUCGAGGUGGAUGGCUAAAGUUGGGCAAAGAUUAUUUGUGUAGUAUAUACUCUAACCAAAUUGCCCAAAUGAAUGACCUAACCCGAUCAACCAGUAGUACCACCAGCACCACCAGUAAUAUGAGCGAGACCAACAACAACAACAAUAGAUUCAGUCAAAACAGCGAUGGAGACAUUAGAAAGAUAAUCAGUUUUGCUCAACAAAUACAAUUGUCUAGUUCAAAUGAUUCUGUUGCCACAACAGCAUCGGCAUCGUCUGCAUCAACAGCAACAGCAACCACCACAGCAACAUCAGUGGUUGUGACUGAAUGUACUACUGGCGAUGGGGCAUCAACAACCAAACCAUCUUCAUUAUCACUACUUAAUAAAGAAAGAGAUGAAUAG